UCUCUCUCUCUCUCUCUCUCUCUCUCUCUCUCUCUCUCUCUCUCUCUCUCUCUCUGGUUUAUGGGUUUUGCCAGCCUAGUUUGCUGUCUAGUUAAUUCAGGGUUUUCGAAACCCUAGUUUCUUUCUUUGUUGGUUUAGGGUUUUGAAAGCUUAAUUUCUAUCUCUUCUUAGUUUGGGAUUUUUGUAACCUUAGUUUCCCUUUCUAGCUCAGGGAUUUUUAGGGCUUUGUUAGUUUAGGAUUUUUAAAUGCUUAAUAUCUCUGUGUAAUUAGUUCAUGGUUUUUGAAAAUUGGUUUAUCUCUCUAGCUCAGGGGUUUUGAGAGCUUUUUUUAUUUGGGUUUUUCAGUUUUUGGAACCUUGGCUUCUCUAUAGUUAGCUAAGUGUUUUUGAAACCUUUUUUUCUUUCUAGAUUAGAAAUUUUGAGGGCUUUGUGUUUUUGUUGGUAGGCUUUGUGAGGAAGAAUGAAGCUAAGGGUGGCUUGGAGGAAGAUUAGAGAUUAUGUGAGAUAUGAUUUGAAGGAGAUUGCCUUCCCUUCUUCUUUGCCUGAUCCUCCUCAUAUCAAAAAGAGAAGGAAAUUGACAUGUUAUGACCACUUCCUUAUUUUGAAAGAAGCUACGAGGCUUUAUGCAGCCAGUUGGGUGCGGGACAUCGGGGAAGAUCUUCGACCAAAAUCAAAGAAAAGGAGCGAUGAAGGCAUAAAUAAUGAACAGAGCUCUCAACAUGCCAAGGCAUCAACAAGUGCUGAGAAGGAACCUGCAAUGUUGGAGGAUCUUGCGGUGGCUGCCAGAGGGGGAAUGGAGACUCUAAGGCCGGCACUUCAAAGAGUUUACAUGACAAGGGCAUCGGCUUAUAGGGAUGCUCUUAAAAGCUUUAUUCAAGGGUACCAAGAAGGUCUCCAAGAAGUCCUGGCCGACAAGGAAAACCCUAAAUCAUCUCAACCUCAAGGCGAGAAAGACCAUCCGAAAGACCAUCCGAAAAAAUCAAUAUAAUUGAGGUGGGCAUCUAUAUUAUAUGAGAGAUAGACUGAGCUAUUGGUUUGAUUUUUGUUGAUUAAGAUAAAUGUAACAUGAGAGAGUAGAAGGUUAA